UCCAGCAAUGGGAUAGCUAUUCCUAUUCGUAUUUCCAAGAAUUAACCAAGGAAGCAAACCUUCAAUUCCCCAAACCGAAGGAAUCCCAAUCUUAUCCCGCACAACCAACAAGCCACCCCCCAUUCACCCGCCCACCAUGUCCAAACCAAACGCCUCCAACACCAAAUCCAGCGACACCUCCUUCCGCAAAACCUGGGACCGCGACGAGUACGCCGCCAAAGCGCACACUCGCGACGAACACACCCGCACGGAAGCCAAAGCGCGCUACGAAGCGACAAUCGCGGGCAAGAAAUACCACCGGCGCGCCUCAACGCCCCCCGAUGCGCGCGACACGGAAGCGCGGGCGCACCGCCUCGAUGUGGCGAGCCAGGUGGGCAAGACGAUGAUCGUGCCGGCGGGGAUGGCGGUGGGGAAACGGGGGCGAGGCGCGGGGUUCUACUGCGACGCGUGCGACCUGACGUUUAAAGACAACGUGCAGUUGGUGGAGCAUUUGAAUAGCAAGCAGCAUUUGGUGGCGACGGGGCAGAGUGGGGAAGUAAGGAAGGCCGGCGUGAAGGAGGUGAGGGAGCGGUUGAGGUGGUUGAAGAGGAAGAGGGGAGAGGAGGAGAGGGAGAUGGUGGUGGAUUUGGGAGAGCGGUUGGAGAAGCGGAGGGAGGAGGGGGAGGCGGAGGCGGAGGAGAAGAGGGUGGCGAGGAGGGAGAAGAGGAGGAGGGCGAAGGAGUUGAAGAGGGGUGGGGGGUUGGGAAGGGAUCCGGAUGAUGAGUGA